AUGUCGACUGCAGGCGGCAUACCGACUUACACCUCCGCGCCUCUCCAUUCCAACAAUCCAGAAGAAGAAACACAGGCAGCCAAGGUGCAACCGCAACCCGCCACCGCAAUCGAGGCUGAAACGACCACUGCCACGCAACCCCCAACCACAUCUGCCACCGCUACUGCCCCCUCUUACGCUCCUAUCUAUGCGACCGCGCAGCCUGAAAUCCCAAUAGCCCAGCCCGGCGCCGCCCCGAGCUUGCCCGCCGCCACAGCAGCCGCAUCGCACCUUCCAGGCACUCUCAUGGCGACGCCGACUUCUACUCUCCCAACCACCACAUCUACACAGUCCCCGCCACCUCCCCAGCCGGGCGCUGUGCCGGGACCCCCGGUUCCAAGCGCGCAGCCCUCUAUCCCGCCUCCGCCCAAGGCUGGGCAAGCUGUUUCUCCCUCCGUGCCGUCCACCGCGCCGCAGCCGUCCGGCCCGUUCUCCCAGUCCUACGCCUACCAUCGCUCCCCACAUACCCAUUCCGAUAUCCCCAAUUCGACCUCGUCCCCCUACGCCUCUGUCUACCAGUCCCCCUCUGGCGGAGGGCCUUCUCGACCCGGGGGCCUGCCUUUGCAUUACAACAGUGGUGCGGGCGGGGGUGCCAACAGCAUCUUCCCUGACGAUGACGAGCCUUCGAUCUUCAAUACCGCCAAGGGAUGGAUGCAGACUGCCGGUACCAAACUGGCGGAGGUCGAGGCGGAAGUGUGGAAGCGUAUUAAUAGCGCGCAUGAUGAGAAAUGA